AGCCAAACAUUGAGGCUCAUAAAAGGUACAACAAAAUACAGCACAUAGUGAGUACGUAAUUGGCGGCAGCAAUUGUUUAUAUAUAGUAUACACAGAAACAGAAGAGCAAGGUAUGGAAGAAGGGUUGAUCCACGGCGUAAAGCUAUCGUCGGUGGGGCCGGCGAAUGUGACGGGCCCCGAUGCGGUGACGGAGCCCCACAAUAUUGACUUGGCGAUGAAGCUCCACUAUCUGAGAGGGAUCUACUUCUUCGGCAGCGGAUUAGCGUUUGCCGGCUUCACCAUCUUGAGCGUCAAGGAGCCCCUCUUCACCUGGCUCGACCAGUUUCCCGUCCCCUGCGGCCGCUUCCGCCGCCGCGACUCCGGCCGCCCUUACAUCAAGUGCAACGACUGCGGCGCCAGGUUGAUCCAAGCCAACUCUCAUAAAACUCUCCAUGAGUGGUUGCACAUGAACAACCAUGACUAUGACACCCUCUUGUGUGCCAACCAUUUCAUCGGCCCCGAACUUCAAUUUUCUCCUCUCGUUUACUUGCAGAUUACGAAUUUCAAAUGUGGAGGAGUGGCUGUGGGCUUAAGCUGGGCGCAUGUUCUCGGAGAUGCCUUCUCCGCCGCUAAAUUCAUCAACAUGUUGGGUAGGGCCGUCUCCGGGUUCAAGCCGGACCGCCCCAUUAACCUGCCGCAAACUCUAAACAGGCCGUCCAAUCCACGCGGACUCCCUAAAUCCGGGUCGGAUCCCCUUUCCGUCAAACGGGUCGACCCAGUCGGCGACAAUUGGGUACACGCGGCUCCAUGCAAGAUGGACACAUUCUCCUUCGACGUCAAAAUAAGCCAUCUCCGAUCAAAACUGGGCGGCGAUUUCCCCCCUUUCGAGGCGCUCGCCGCCGUCAUCUGGCAGUGCGUGGCCAGAGUUAGGGCUGAGGCGAGAGUCGUGAACGUAUUUAGAAGAAGUGAAGAGAAUAGCGGUAACGGAACAUUGGGGAAUACUCAGAUUGUGAGUGUGGCCAAGGCUGAUUUUGCUGUGGCGGAGGCUAACCCUAGCGAGCUGGUGCGGCUGCUCAGGGAUGAGGCUUCCGACGAUCGGAGAAUGAUCGACGAGGUUGUGGAGAGGGAUGGUGGAUUGUCGGAUUUCAUCGUUUAUGGCGCGAAUCUGAGCUUCGUGAAUCUCGAGGAAGCGACAUUUUACGACUUCGAAUGUAACGGGCAGAAGCCGGUUAGAGUUGUUUACAGAGUUGACGGCGUCGGCGAAAAAGGCGCGGUCUUGGUGCUGCCGGGAGUAGUGGAAGGCGGAGGAGGGAGGUUAGUGACAGUGAUGUUGCCGGAAAACGAGGUUGCCGGAGUUAAGUCGGAGUUGAAGAGGGAAGGAGUGAUGGCGUGAACCAACUUUAUUAUCAUAAUGCUAAUAAAUAAAUAAAUAAUAGUAGAAUGGAAAAAAGGCAAGUGAUGUAUCGACUUAAAUCAAAUAUUUGAUUAUCAAUUGCACGAGAUGUGAGAUCAA